CAUAACAAAAAAAAAGAAGCUUGUUUUCCUCACGGAAACAGUGUCAGCUAUUUAAGCAAGAACCUCCCCCUUACUUGCCGUCUUCUACUCCGUUCCACCUCUCUCAAGAUUCUUAAACAUGGGCUCACAUGGGGAGGAUAUGAUGGAAGAGGAAGAUGAUUACGUUGAGUAUGUUCCUGUGGCGAAGAGGCGCGCGCUUGAGGCGCAGAAGAUUUUGCAGCGCAGGGGGGCGUCUUCUGCAGUCGACGAAGAGAUGGAGAAACAGAAUCUCGUUGAGGCCAAACCAAGUCUACUGGUGAAAGCUUCUCAACUGAAGAAAGAUCAGCCGGAGAUCACCCAAACCGAGCAGAUGAUACUACAGGAGAAGGAGAUGAUCGAGCACCUUUCGGAUAAGAAAACUUUGAUGUCCGUUCGGGAGCUGGCUAAGGGCAUCACUUACACUGAUCCUUUACCCACUGGGUGGAAGCCGCCCUUGCCAAUAAGAAGGAUGUCGAACAAGGCUUGUGAUGCCAUAAGAAGGCAGUGGCAUAUCAUCGUUGAUGGAGAUGAUGUCCCGCCACCAAUCAAGAACUUUAAGGACAUGAGGUUUCCACAGCCCAUUUUGAAGAGUUUAAAAGCUAAAGGGAUUGUGCAGCCAACACCCAUCCAAGUGCAGGGCCUCCCGGUUAUUUUGUCUGGGAGAGAUAUGAUUGGGAUUGCUUUCACAGGGUCUGGAAAGACCCUUGUUUUUGUGUUGCCACUCGUUAUGAUUGCAUUGCAAGAGGAGAUGAUGAUGCCGAUUAAUCCAGGGGAAGGACCUUUUGGAUUGGUUGUUUGUCCUUCUAGGGAGCUGGCUAGGCAAACUUUUGAAGUUGUAGAGCUAUUUCUUGCAUCUUUGAAAGAGGCUGGCUAUCCAGAGCUCCGGCCUUUGCUUUGCAUUGGAGGAAUUGAUAUGAAGUUGCAACUUGAUAUAGUGAAAAAAGGAGUUCACAUCGUGGUUGCUACUCCGGGGCGACUGAAGGAUAUGCUAGCAAAGAAGAAAAUGAAUUUAAACAACUGCAGAUAUCUGACAUUAGAUGAGGCGGAUCGUUUGGUGGAUCUAGGAUUCGAAGAUGAUAUUAGGGAAGUUUUUGAUCACUUCAAGGGCCAAAGACAGACUCUUCUGUUUUCUGCCACCAUGCCCACGAAGAUUCAGAAUUUUGCAAGAAGUGCCCUUGUAAAGCCUGUCACGGUAAAUGUGGGAAGGGCUGGAGCAGCAAAUUUGGAUGUGAUUCAAGAAGUCGAAUAUGUGAAACAGGAGGCGAAGAUCGUUUACCUUCUCGAAUGUUUGCAGAAGACGUCACCCCCUGUUCUGGUAUUUUGUGAGAACAAAGCAGACGUGGACGACAUUCAUGAGUAUCUUCUGUUAAAGGGAGUCGAAGCUGUUGCAAUACAUGGAGGAAAAGACCAAGAAGACAGAGAAUACGCCAUAUCUUCGUUCAAGGCCGGGAAGAAGGAUGUUUUAGUGGCUACUGACGUGGCUUCAAAAGGUCUUGACUUUCCUGAUAUCCAACAUGUCAUCAACUAUGAUAUGCCUGCAGAAAUAGAAAACUAUGUACAUCGGAUCGGAAGGACAGGGCGGUGCGGGAAAACAGGAAUUGCAACAACCUUUAUCAACAAGAACCAGAGCGAGACGACUCUGCUUGAUCUGAAACACCUGCUGCAAGAGGCGAAGCAGAGGAUACCUCCGGUUCUGGCAGAGCUGGAUGACCCGAUGGAAGAUGCGGAGGCAAUAGCUAAUGCGAGUGGAGUGAAAGGUUGCGCCUAUUGUGGUGGGCUUGGUCAUCGGAUUCGAGAUUGCCCCAAGUUAGAACAUCAAAAGAGCCAGCAAAUUGCAAGUUCAAGAAGAGAUUAUUUUGGUUCUGGGGGCUAUCGUGGGGAAAUGUGAUUACAGAGUUAUACUCUUCUCUUCACUCCAAGUAGAUAUAGUGUCGAAACGUUUUAUGUUGUAUUUUGAUGAUGAAUCGAAGAAUUGAAUGUCCAGUUUUGUAGACAAACUUUCGUCUACAGAGUGGUCGAGCAAAUGUGGAAGAUAACAUACUUAACAUUUCUCUUA